AUGGCGCUCCCCAUCAAGUUCACUGAAAUCACUCAGUUGACGGGUCUUGAUAUUGCGCCACAAUCGAUAUCGUUCAACACAUGUACACUAGAGUCCGAUUCAUUUGUCUGCGUCCGACAAAAGCUUAACGAACAAGACAAACCACAAGUCAUAAUCAUAAACCUCAAGAAGAACAAUGAAGUCAUCAAGCGAGCAAUCAGCGCCGAUAGUGCCAUCAUGCAUUGGACGCGUGAAAUCCUGGCGCUCAAAGCUCAAGGCAGGACAAUUCAGGUUUUCGACCUUGGGGCGAAAGCAAAACUCAAGUCCACCCAGAUGAAUGAAGAUGUAGUCUUCUGGAAAUGGUUCAGCGAGCGCAGCCUGGGCCUGGUCACUGACACUUCGGUCUAUCACUGGGAUGUUUUCGAUCCGACACAAUCCGCCCCUGUCAAGAUCUUCGAGCGUAACGCCAAUCUCUCCGGUUGCCAGAUCAUCAACUACCGCGUGAGUGAUGAUGAACAAUGGGCUGUCGUUGUCGGAAUUUCUCAGAAGGAAGGAAGAGUUGCAGGCACCAUGCAGCUCUACUCCCGGAAUAGGGGAAUAAGUCAGCACAUUGAAGGCCAUGCUGCAGCCUUUGGCACAUAUCAAGGAGAAGGCAUGGCAACUCCUUACAAAUUGUUCACUUUUGCAGUUCGAAACGCCGCAGGUCAGGGCAAGCUACAUGUCGUUGAGAUUGAUCACGACGAGAACAAUCCACGAUUCAACAAAAAGGCUGUAGAUCUCUACUUCCCCGAGGAAGCAGCCAGCGAUUUCCCUGUCGCGAUGCAGAUCUCCAAGAAGUAUAGUAUCAUCUAUCUGAUCACCAAGUACGGCUUCAUCCACCUCUACGACCUGGAAACCGCCACUUGCCUGUUCAUGAACCGCAUCUCCAGCGAGACCAUCUUCGUCACCACAGCAGAUUCCGAAUCUGCCGGCUUUGUUGGUAUCAAUCGAAAAGGACAGGUUCUCUCUGUCAGCAUUGAUGAGAACACUGUCAUCCCAUACCUUCUACAGAAUCCUGCCAACUCGGCCUUGGCUGUCAAGCUUGCUUCAAGAGGAGGUCUCCCAGGUGCUGACAACUUGUACCAACAACAAUUCGAGGCGCUAUUUGCGCAAGGACAAUAUGCGGAAGCAGCUCAAAUUGCAGCAGAUUCUCCACGAGGCUUCUUGCGAACCCCGGAAACUAUCAAUCGUUUCAAAAGUGCGCCUCAGCAAGCCGGUCAGCUGUCCGUCAUCCUACAGUAUUUCGGAAAACUGUUGGACAAGGGAAAGCUAAACAAGUAUGAAAGUGUGGAGCUCAUCAAACCUGUUCUUGCCCAGAAUCGAAAAAACCUGCUGGAUAAGUGGAUGAGUGAAGGCAAAUUGGAGUCUUCUGAGGAACUUGGAGACAUCGUCCGUCUGCAUGACCUGGAGAUGGCCUUGAAAAUCUACAGAGAGUCAAAUGCAUCACCAAAAGUUGUGGCCGCAUUGGCUGAGACGGGACGCUUUGAGGAGAUCCUUCCUUACGCCCAACAGACAGGUUACCAACCAGACUUCACCAGUUUGCUACAACACAUUGUGCGAUCCAACCCCGAAAAGGGUGCGGAAUUUGCCACUCAGCUUGCAAACCAUGAAGGUGGUCCUCUCGUUGACAUUGACAGAGUGGUUGAUGUCUUCAUGUCGCAGAACAUGGUUCAACAAGCAACGGCGUUUCUGUUGGAUGCCUUGAAGGAGAAUCGCCCGGAGCAAGCACAACUCCAGACUCGCUUAUUGGAAAUGAAUCUGCUUAAUGCCCCUCAAGUUGCCGAUGCGAUCCUAGGAAAUGAGAUGUUUUCUUAUUACGACAAGCCAAGAGUUGCUCGACUUUGUGAACAAGCAGGCCUUCUCCAGCGUGCCCUGGAGAAUACUGACGACACAGCGUCUAUCAAGAGAAUUAUCGUUCAGACAGAUAAACUCAACCCUGAAUGGUUACAACAAUAUUUCGGUCGCAUGUCAGUGGAGCAAAGUCUUGAAUCUCUGGACGAAAUGCUUAAAGUCAACAUUCGUCAGAAUCUUGCUGCUGCUGUCCAAAUCGCUACCAAAUUCUCUGACCUCCUGGGAUCCAAUCGACUCAUUGCACUAUUUGAAAAGCAUCGCACGGCGGAAGGCCUUUACUAUUAUCUUGGAAGUAUCGUCAACCUGAGUGAAGAUGCUGAGGUAGUCUUCAAAUAUCUCGAAGCUGCAGUCACCAUGCAACAGUUCCAAGAGGUAGAGCGCAUCUGCCGUGAGAACAACCACUUCAACCCCGAGAAGGUCAAGAACUUCCUGAUUGAGGCCAAGUUGGCCGAGCAGCUUCCGCUCAUCAUCGUUUGUGAUCGAUUUAAUUUCGUGAAGGAUUUGGUCAACUACCUAUACCGGAACCAGCAAUACAAGUCAAUCGAGGUGUAUGUUCAACGGGUCAAUCCCGCACGUACUCCAGCUGUUGUUGGUGCGCUCCUCUCCCUUGAUUGCGAGGAGUCUGUCAUCAAGAAUCUAUUGGCCUCUGUCGAUCCAUCUGCUGUGCCGAUCGAUGAACUCGUGUCAGAAGUCGAAACACAGAAUCGACUCAAGAUUCUACUUCCGUUCCUUGAGGCAACAUUGUCAAGUGGCAAUCAACAGCCAGCCGUCUACAACGCCCUCGCCAAGAUCUACAUUGAUAGCAAUCAAGAUCCUGAGAAAUUCCUGAAGGAGAACGACCUUUACGACACUUUGACGGUCGGCAAAUACUGCGAGAAGCGUGAUCCCAAUCUCGCCUAUAUCGCCUAUCGUAAGGGUCAAAAUGAUCUGGAGCUGAUCAACAUCACCAAUGACAACUCUAUGUUCCGUGCCCAAGCUCGCUACCUUUUGGAGCGUGCCGACCUUGAAAUUUGGGGUUUUGUGCUCGGACAGAACAAUGAGCAUCGAAGAUCUUUGGUCGACCAAGUCAUUGCUACAGCUGUUCCCGAAUCCAAUGAACCAGACAAGGUCUCUGUUGCUGUCAAGGCUUUCCUUGAUGCAGAUCUUCCUGCCGAGUUGAUUGAGUUGCUGGAGAAGAUCAUCCUCGAACCAUCUCCAUUCAGUGACAAUAGCAGUCUCCAGAGCUUGCUUAUGCUCACUGCUGCUAAGGCUGACAAGUCUCGUCUCAUGGACUACAUCCAACGUCUUUCAGAGUACAAUACCGAAGAGAUUGCCAAUAUGUGCAUUCAACAAGGAUUGUACGAAGAAGCGCUUGAGAUUUACAAAAAGGUGAACGAUCACAUGUCAGCCGCAAAUGUUUUGGUGGAUCAUAUUGUCAGUAUUGAUCGUGCCCAAGACUAUGCCGAGAACGUUGAUCUGCCAGAGGUCUGGAGCAAAGUCGCCAAAGCUCAGCUUGAUGGUCUUAGAGUAACAGAUGCUAUCGACUCUUAUAUCAAAUCACAGGACCCAAGCAACUUCAAUGAAGUGAUUGAGACCGCUACCCAUGCAGGCAAAGAUGAAGACCUUGUCAAAUUCUUGAAGAUGGCCCGAAAAACUCAGCGCGAGCCAGCCAUUGACACUGCACUUGCAUUCAGCUACGCAAGACUUGAUCAACUUCCAGAACUGGAAGACUUCCUACGUUCCGCCAACGUCGCUGAUGUCGAAGCUUCGGGAGACAAAGCAUAUGAGGAGGGUUAUCAUCAAGCCGCGAAGAUUUUCUUCACCAGCAUUUCCAACUGGGCGAAAUUGGCCACGACUCUUGUGCAUCUUGAAGAAUAUCAGAACGCUGUUGACUGCGCCCGCCGUGCUAACAGUGUCAAGGUUUGGAAGCAAGUCAACGCAGCCUGUGUUGCAAAGAAAGAAUUUCGUCUUGCUCAAAUUUGUGGUCUCAAUCUUAUUGUCCACGCAGAGGAAUUGCAAGAUCUUGUCAAGCAGUAUGAACGAGAAGGAUACUUUGAAGAGCUCAUCUCCUUACUCGAGGCUGGCCUUGGCCUAGAGCGCGCCCACAUGGGCAUGUUCACUGAGCUUGGAAUUGCCCUUACCAAAUAUCAUCCAGACCGAGUAAUGGAGCAUCUCAAGCUUUUCUGGUCCAGAAUCAACAUUCCCAAGAUGAUUCGUGCCACGGAGGAAGCCCAUCUUUGGCCAGAAUUGAUCUUCCUAUACUGUCACUACGACGAAUGGGACAAUGCAGCUUUGGCCAUGAUGGAGAGAGCAGCCGACGCUUGGGAGCAUCAUUCGUUCAAGGACAUUAUUGUAAAAGUGGCCAAUCUGGAGAUCUAUUACCGAGCUCUCAACCACUAUUUGCAGGAGCAGCCACUGCUUUUGACAGAUUUGUUGCAGGCUCUGACAGCUCGCGUCGAUGUCAACCGAGUGGUGCGUAUGUUUGAGAAAUCAGACAACAUCCCUAUCAUCAAACCAUUCCUUCUCAACGUACAAGGUCAGAACAAACGCGUUGUAAACAACGCAAUCCAUGAUCUUCUCAUUGAAGAAGAGGACCACAAGACUCUCAAGGACUCCGUGGAGAAUUAUGACAACUAUGAUGCGGUUGAGCUUGCUCAGCGUCUCGAAAAGCAUGAUUUGGUCUUCUUCCGACAGAUUGCCGCGCAGAUCUACCGUAAGAAUAAGAGAUGGGAGAAGUCUAUCACCCUUUCUAAGCAAGACAAAUUGUUCCGGGAUGCCAUUGAAACAGCUGCAAUUUCUGGCAAGUCGGAAGUCGUGGAAGAGCUACUCAGAUACUUCGUUGACAUUGGCAGCCGUGAAUGUUUCGUGGGCAUCUUGUAUGCUUGCUACGAUCUCAUUCCGUUACACACCGUCAUGGAGGUUUCAUGGAGACAUGGUUUGAAUGAUUUCACGAUGCCAUUCAUGAUCAGCUUCAUGAGCCAACAGGCAUCAACGAUUGAUCAGUUACGGAAGGACAAUGAGGAGCGGAAGGCCAAAGAGGCGAGCCAACAACAAAAUGAUGACAAUACUCCAAUCAUCGGAAGCCGUCUGAUGUUGACGCAAGGCCCUGCAACUGGACCACACACCAACGGCAUCACGCCGCAACCAACCGGAUUUCCACGGGCAUUCUAA